UUAACUUCUUCAUUUUCUAUUCCAAUCUAUCAAAGAACUCUGUUACUAACUACUACUACAACUACCAGUAUUACCUCUAGCAAAGAAGCUCCUGACAUGGAUAUGACUACUCUCUUCUAUUCCUUCGCUGCGCUCUCCUUACUGUUUCUCAUUCCUCUAUUCCGAAUGCUAUCACAGGGUCGUCGCCACAAAUUGCCGUUACCGCCUGGCACAUUGGGUUGGCCAUAUGUUGGAGAAACCUUCCAACUCUAUUCCCAAGACCCAAAUGUCUUCUUUGCUUCCAAAGUGAAGAGGUAUGGGUCUAUAUUCAAGAGCCAUAUAUUGGGUUGCCCUUGCGUGAUGAUCUCGAGCCCGGAAGCUGCGAAAUUUGUGUUGUCCACACGGGCUGAUCUCUUUAAGCCUACAUUUCCUGCUAGCAAAGAAAGGAUGCUGGGUAGGCAAGCCAUCUUCUUCCAACAGGGAGACUAUCACAUGAAAUUGAGGAAGCUUGUUCUCAGGGCCUUCACCCCAGAGGCCAUCAAGAACAAAGUCUCCGACAUCGAGUCGAUUGCAAUUGAUGCUCUUCGAUUGUGGGAUGGGAAUUCCAUCAACACUUUCCAAGAGAUGAAGACGUACUCAUUCAAUGUGGCCAUACAAUCCAUCGUUGGAAAGGAUGAAAUCCGAUAUAAAGAGCAGCUGAAAAGGUGCUAUUAUAUUAUUGAGAAGGGCUAUAAUUCAAUGCCCAUCAACCUCCCAGGGACUCUCUUCCACAAAUCAAUGAAGGCAAGAGAAGAGAUUUCUGAGAUCUUGGCCAAAAUCCUCUUCUCCAGGAGACAGAGGAAAGAAGAAAACAAUGACUUGUUGGGUUCCUUCAUGGAGGAGAAAUCAGGACUCACCGACGAACAGAUUACCGACAAUGUCAUUGGUGUCAUAUUCGCCGCUCGAGACACCACAGCCAGCGUUAUGACGUGGAUCCUUAAGUACCUGGGAGAGAACCCAAGCGUCCUUAAAGCUGUUACUGAGGAGCACGAGUCGAUAAUUAAGACUAAAGAGGAGAAUAGCCAAGAACAGAUUCUAAAUUGGGCAGAUACCAAGAACAUGCCAAUAACUUCAAGAGUUAUUCAAGAGACACUGAGGGUUUCUUCCAUUCUUUCUUUCACUUUCAGAGAAGCUGUUGAAGAUGUUCAAUAUGAAGGUUACCUUAUACCAAAAGGGUGGAAAGUUUUACCAUUGUUCAGGAACAUUCACCACUGCCCAGAUUACUUUCCAGACCCUGAGAAGUUUGAUCCUUCAAGAUUUGAGGUUGCUCCAAAGCCAAAUACAUUCAUGCCAUUUGGAAAUGGGACCCACUCCUGUCCUGGUAAUGAAAUAGCCAAGCUGGAGAUGUUGAUCCUUCUACAUCACCUGACAACCAAGUACAGGUGGUCUGUGGUAGGACCACAAAAUGGAAUUCAGUACGGUCCAUUUGCUCUUCCCCAGGAUGGGUUACCCAUCAGAUUAUUCCCCAAGACCUCAUCAGAAUGAAGGAAGUCUCAAGACUGACAAUGAAUGAAGACACAAAAUAGAGAUACUCAAGCUCCCAACCAGAAUUGCAGAAAAGAAAAAAGAGAAAAAUAAAAGUCAAAGAGAGGCCUCUACUAGUAGCACUUUAGAGCUAGGGACUUCUUCUCCAGAACAGAGAGGAAUCCCUCCCAAAUUUUGGUCAAGGGAGAGACAUAUACAUGGAAAGAUGGAAGAAGAAACUUCACAAACAAAGGGAAGGGAAGCCAACUGUACAAAAAGAGCCUUCCAUUCCACACCAGAAAAAAAAAAAAAAAAAAAAAGGAAAAA